UUGAGUUCUUCUUCUUCUCAAAACACAACAGAAACAUCUGAAACAGUUGUCCAAACAGCACCAGAACAAGUUUCACAUAGUUCUACAAUUCAGACAAAUUUUCAACAAUUUGAGUUCUUCUUCUUCUCAAAACACAACAGAAAAUCUGAAACAGUUGUCCAAACAGCACCAGAACAAGUUUCACAUAGUUCUACAAUUCAAGACAAAUUGUCCAACAAUUUGAGUUCUUCUUUCUUCUCAAAACACACAGAAACAUCUGAAACAGUUGUCCAAACAGCACCAGAACAAGUUUCACAUAGUUCUACAAUUCAAGACAAAUUGUCCAACAAUUUGAGUUCUUCUUCUUCUCAAAACACAACAGAAACAUCUGAAACAGUUGUCCAAACAGCACCAGAACAAGUUUCACAUAGUUCUACAAUUCAAGACAAAUUGUCCAACAAUUUGAGUUCUUCUUCUUCUCAAAACACAACAGAAACAUCUGAAACAGUUGUCCAAACAGCACCAGAAACAAGUUUCACAUAG